AUUGUCGUCUGUUUGUUUACAAGUUUGACAGUGACGCUGGAUUCGUAUCAUGUUAAGUGCAGCAUCAGCAGGCGGGACAGUGAAUGGAAAAAAUGGCAGAUGAAAGAGCUGUGAUAAUGCGGUUAGAGCAGUUAAGCAGAGAAUACAACAUUCUUUCACAGUUGCUUACAACACAACAGAGAAGUGGAGUUUCACAACAAGGUGCAAGUUCUGAUAAUGCAUUGCCCAGUAACAAAGAUGCCAAGAUAUCCAGUCUCGAGAAGGAAGUGCAAGAGCUGACCAACAAGAUUGAAGCCCAGAAUUCUGAAAAAUGUGCAGUGGAGAAAGCUUUGCAGCAAAAAGAAAAUGAGAAUACAAAGCUUAUAGGAAAACUAAAGCAAGAAAUCAAAGAUUGCAAUAAUGAUACGGAGGUUCUAAAAGAUGUUAUUAAACGACUAAAUGAACAAUUAAAUAGAUAUCACCUAAAGUACGGCCGAAUACGAGAAGAAAACAUAGGGAGCACAAAGAAAGAUUUGAGUCAUGACAGCAUCUACAAGUUGGGUGCUCUCCUCACUGCCUAUGAUGAGAUUAUUUUGGAAAGAGAUGAAGCGCUAAAAUCCAACUUGGAGAAAUUUGAAAAGUUAAUGGUAAAUGUUGAUGCAGUAACAGCUGAGAAUGAAAAACUUCAUCAACGUGUUCAGAAGUUGCAGCAGGAAGCACCAAUGGGAUCAGAGGAAGCAGAAAUGGUUGCUGCAGAUGCCAAGCUCUUGUUAGAGGAACGUGAGUUGCUACUCCAAGAAGUCCGCACUCUCCAUCAACAGCAACAAGAAGAGUCUAUUUGUUAUCAACAGAAAGUUGCAAAACUACAGCAGCACCUUGAAGAUAGUGAAGCAAGAGUGGCCACUCUGUCUUCAGAGCUAGAUUCCCUGAGGACAGAAGCUGGCCAGCUAGAGAGGCAGUGCAAAAAAAUUCAGCAACAAUUACAGGAAUCUGUUUCAAAAGAGGAGCAUCAGUUAGCUGUUGAUGAAUGUCAAAGACUGUUUGAAAAAUUACGUAAGACCUAUACCGAAGAAUCCGGAGACCUGAAAGGGAAGAUGCGAGCCGUGAAGCAGGAGAAACAGAAUCUUGCCGAGAAGCUAACAGACUCCUCAGCUUACGUCCACAACCUAAGUGUUCAAGUCUCAGGCCUAAAGGGCUCUCUGAGAAAAACAGAGAGUCGGGUAAAACGUAGAGAAAAGGCUCUACAAGUUGUACAGACGACUGCACGUGUUGCCCAGACAAGACUUAAAUCCUUAUCAGAAGUUUGUAGCAAACUAUUGGAAGACAGAGAGAAGCUGCUAGAGGCCUUAGCAACACAGAGGAAGGAAACCGAUGAGCUUUCUAAGGAACUGACCCUCCGUAGUGCUGCAGUUGGUGCCUUAUCUCAGAAACUGAAGGAGGAACGGAUAAAUUGGAGCAGUAAGAUGGCAGAGUGUGAGGGUGGGCGGCAAGCAGCCAAGGCAGCAUGGAAACGUUCCACAAAGGAGAACAGUCACUUGCGGACAUUAAUAGCAGCAAAAGAUGACACAAUAACUUCCCUCAUUGCUGACUAUAAAAUACUUGGGCUUGAAGUCAGUGAAGCAAAACAUCGUAGUCUUCAUCAAAAAUUAUCCAAAUCGGGUAAUCUUCCAGGAAAUUUACCCUUUUCUUAGUCAAGAGUGUCAGAUCAAAAUAUUGUUAUUUCUCACCAAUGAAUGAUGAGAAGUUUGUUUGGCUUGUUUUGCCAUAUUCAUAUACCAUAUGUGUUUCUAGUCUUUUGCAGUUUUUAUAUCAAAGAUAUGUUUCUUAGUGCCUUGAGGCAAUGAUGAUUUUAUUUAGCAUAUGUUUUUACAGAACUUAGCUUUAACCACAUGCUGAAAAUAAGUAUUGAUAUUUUUAUAAAGAGACAAAGUGAAGUAUAAUGCAGAAAUUUUGAAUGAUGUAUUAGUAUAAUGAGAGAUUUGUGAUAGAAGUUACCUGCAAUCCGUCCAGGCUUAGUAGUUAUAGUAGAUCAGACAGCUAUGUAAUUGCUUUAAGAAGUUUUUAAUCUAGUCAUUCAGGGAAAUAUAAGGUUGAGAGGAAGAUAUUUAUUUUUUGCAGUUAUUUUUUAUGCAACUGCAUUGAUGUAUACACAUAUGUAUAGACACAUUUAUAUAUUCAUAGAUACAUACAUUUAUGUAUGUAUUUAUGAUUAUAUACAUACAUUUGUACCUAUGAUGUAUAUAUGUAUAUACAUUCAUCUAAUGUAUAUAUGUACAUACAUACAUAGAUAUGUAUGGUCAUCUAUAUUAGAGAUACCUUGCUGGACUGAGACUUUCAUCCAAGCUAUAGUAAUUAGCAACUCAUCUUAUUAACUUGAAGAAAAUUUAAUCCUUGCUAAUACAUUUAUUUGAGGAAUCAUUUUUUUUACUGUUUCUGUUACUAUUGUCACUGUUCUGCUUGUAAUCUUUUCUUUCAUUGAUGCUACAAAUGUGUUGCAAAUAUUGCCCAGUUCCAGUGGCCAGAAAAUCUCCCAGACAUGGAAAACGUGAUUUCUCAGAUUUUAUGUAUUUUUCAUUGAACUAGGGCCAUAUAAUUAUUAUUUUGUGAAGUCAGCACAUCUUAAUCACUUUGCGAUGGUAAUACUUUGUUAUAUGUCCUAAUAAGAUUAUAAGAAAUGUCUCUGCAGAUAAUUAUUACCUGUAACUGGCAUAUCUAUGCACAUUUGUUUAGCUUUUCUACAUUUUUGGAAAAAAACAACUUUUAUAUGUUUACCAUUUGUAAAGCUGUCAUCCCUUGGAUGUGAGAAAAUGUGUUGAUUCAUACAUGUCAUACAUGAAAUCAUACACGUUUUGAAAGUCAUAAAGUAAAUGAGAAAACAUGGGAAAAGCAUGAGAAAGCAUGAGAAAAAUAAAAGGGUGAGUUACCAGUUAUUCUUUAGUCAUAAAAAUUUAUUGAAAGUCAUAGGGUAUUGAAACAUUUUCAAUUUUGAUGACAUACAUACAUACACACACCCAUGAUUAUGUACAUACAUACAGUACAUUCAUGCGUUUAUACAUAUGAGUUUACUUGUGUAUGUAGAUACAUACAUUUAUGUAAUACUUACAUUGAUUACAUAGUAUGUUAAUUCAUAAGUAUAUUUUUAUUUAUAGAAAUACCAAAUAGGGCAUUUAGCUAGCACUAUUUUAGUAAUUAGUGCAUAGCAUUUUUGUAUCAUUGUUAAUUAGUGAUAGUAGCAGCAAAAGUUAUUAUCAUUAUUAU